GGGAAGGGUGAGGCGCCAGAAAGCGAGCGAAGCGUACUUGGGACUAGCAGGGAGGCUUAUCAUUACGAGGGACUCGCUCGCACGCCCAAGAAAGGCGGGACGGGACCUGCAAAAGAUGCCUGCUUCUGGAGGCCAUUACUGACAGGAUGUUUGCCAUCCACACUCCCAAUGCAUCCCAGACACCAGCUGCUAUCCCUCUGGCAAAUACUUCAACGUACACAGAGUUGGUGAAGACCACCGCAAGUUCUUCAUCACCUGCUGCCCCCAUUUUCUCUAUGACCCUGGGUGCUGUCUCCAAUGUGGUGGCACUUGCUAUCCUGGUACAAUCCUAUGCCCGCUUCCGGCGCCGCUCCAAGGCCACAUUCCUGCUUUUUGCCAGCAGUCUGGUUAUAACUGACCUAGCAGGCCAUGUCAUCCCAGGCUCUUUUGUCUUGAGACUCUAUGCCACCCGGCGCGGGUGGGCAGCCAUGGACCCUUCUGGAGCCCUCUGCCAGUUCUUUGGAGCUUCUAUGGUGUUCUUUGGACUAUGCCCGCUUUUUCUAGGCUGCAUCAUGGCAGUGGAGCGUUGUGUGGGCAUUACCCGCCCUCUGUUGCAUUCUGCUCUGGUCACACCGAGCCGGACAAAGCUGUCUUUGGUAGGAUUGUGGGCGGCUGCUCUGGCCAUUUCUCUGAUGCCUCUCUGCACCUUUGGGAGCUAUGUUGUUCAAGCCCCUGGCACUUGGUGCUUCAUCAAAGUGCGAGGAGCAGAAGCAUGGCCAGAGGGGGCCUUUGCUCUCCUCUUCUCCUUGCUGGGCUUGGCCUCCUUGUUGGCCUCCCUCUUUUGCAACACAUACAGUGGACUCAUCCUGGUGCGGGCCCGACUGCGGGGUCAGCGCAAAUGUGGGCACCGGCGGGCCAAGGCUCAUGACAUUGAGAUGGUUGUGCAGCUGGUGGGCAUCAUGGUGGUUUCCUGCAUCUGCUGGAGUCCCUUACUGGUCUUUGUCAUCCUAUCAGCGAGCAACUCGAGUGAUGCCCUUGAUUAUGAGCAGCUGCUAUUCCUUGGUGUGCGCCUGGCCUCCUGGAACCAGAUCCUGGACCCCUGGGUGUAUAUCCUGCUGCGGCGUGCUGUACUGCGCAAGAUCCUUGCUCUAUUUCUACGAAGUGCUGAUUUCAAGGCGCGCUUUGACCGCUGGGAGGCCAGCUCCUUUCAAAGCUCUGAGCGCAGUGUUGCUGUUGGCCGCCUAUAGGGCUGUCUGGAAUGCAGAGAGUUACUCAUUCUCUGAAGAAGCCUAGGAAGCACUUUUGCACAUUCCCCCUCAUUUGCCAAUGGUCUCCCAAGGAAACCACGUUUAGCAAGAAGGGGUUUGAGACUAGCAUGGGACAGAAGGCUCUCUAGAGUCAGUAUCUGGAAUCCUUUGCUGAUAGUACAGUUGGUGGUUCAGGAGCCAACAUGAUUACUCCACAAGAAAAUGGAGAUGGGAUCCAAGAGUGUGGACCAACAAACACGUCUAGGCCAGCUCCCUGCUUAGUUUUCCAUCAGGAGUCUUCCCUGUGAAUGAAAAACACUGGAUCUUGCUUGGAGUUUUAUUAAGGAAUCAUGGAAAUCCCUUUGUAAAGGCAUAGCUCAGUGACACCACACAUUCUUUAUAUACAGAACGAUUGAAGAUUAAUUUUAGGCAUCUCCAAUAAGUGGGGUUGGGAAAGAUCAGUACAUCUGAUCUUGAAGUUACAGGAGUUAGAAUCAUAGAAUUGGAUGGCCAUACAGGCCAUCUAGUCCAACCUCCUGCUCAAGGCAGGAUCAGCCUAGAGAACAUAUCUGACAAGUGUUUGUCCAGUCAUUGCUUGAAGACUGCCAGCAAGGGGAACUCACCACCACUGUAGGCAUCUGAUUCCAUUGCUGAGCUAAAAAGCCAGUGGUCCACCUCAACGUAAGACAGCUUCAUAAGCUGUACAUGGAGACCUUGGUUGUUAUUAAAAUCAUAUAUUUUAAGGUGGUGAAAUGAAGGAGGAUUCUAUCUUUGACACCAUGACAUGGCUCAGCAUUUCUUAAAGAGAUUGCUCCUGGAUUUCUAAGCAGGGAAGAGACUUGUCAGUUGACUAGUAAGUUGACUACUAAGCAGGUGAUAAAAAAACCCCCCAGACCUUUAGUCUGUGUCUUCUUUUGACCAGUUCUAUUCAGGUGGCUCCAUCAUUCAGCCCAGCUAUCCGAACAUACAGGACUCUGUUUAAUCUGCUGUCCUGCAAUUCAAAACCAAUCCUAGCCCAUGAUGCACCUUCCCUAUGCCACCUAGAGGCUGUUCAUAAAGUAUCAGUAUAUAUGGUCCUCUUCCACACCCAAAACAUUUAAAGAUAAUGUAUAAAUUGUGUUGGAAGAGAGCAGGGCUAGGGCUGAUGGCUCAGGGUGGCUUAAUAGUUACAUUCAACCAUCACAAACAUACACGAGUUGGUUAAAGAUGGGCAUGAACCUAGUUAACCGUCAGGCUUGCAAGCUCCCUCUUCCCCUUACACAGUGCACCAAGACUAAAGAUGGAGGUGUUCCACUAAUUCCUAUUUGUCAUGGUAUUUGAAUGUACGCACUUUAACAAACUGAGAUUUGUUUCUUUCCAGUCAAUCUGGAUUUUAACCCUGAGACCUCAUUGCUUUGAAAGAAAAUCUUGAGUUGCUGAGGAACUUGCAUUUAGGAUAGUCUGAAUGCAAGGGGAAGGGGAAAUGUGAUAUUCAAAGUACUGGCAGCACAUGUUUUCACAAACUCAAAGGAGACACUGUCUUCCAGAACUGAGUAAUUGCAGAAUUUGUAGCAGCAUCACUUUUCCACAGACAAGAAGAUAACUUCUGGGUAUCAGAUAGAUCCACAGUAGAGUAACUUUCUGGAUUGGAAUGGGUUGAGAGUCCUGUAAGUUUAUUGAAUAAUAAGAAGAGGCUCCAGCUAACAUCUGUAAAUGUGAUAUGGUCAUAAUCCUUCACAGUAAAGACUGUUUGUGCAGUUUUUCUUGGAAAGUAGAAAAGUCCAAAGUAGAUAUUCUGCAGCUUGUGUGAGAUGAUGUGGCUGUUGCAUGUCCAGUAUCUGGACUGUACAAGUUGUCAACCAGCACAGGACGCUCUGUUACAAUAAAGCAUCUUUGCAGAGCUUUCUUGCCUUAUACAAUUUAUUGCCUUUAUAUCACAGACUAAAUCCCAGCAUGCUGGCUGGCGGCUUUCUCUGGCAACUUUGCUAACAGCCUCUAAGAACCAGGCUGUAAUCUGGCAAACUGGGUCAAACAACAGUGGGGAAACUUCAGCAUUAUCCCAGAAUGCAUGAAAACUGAUGCCCCAUAGUGGGACAGAUAGACCUGUAACUCAGCUGUAACCACUUCCUGCCACUUCAGAUUUUACAGCUAGAUUUGGAAU